AUGGCGGAAAAUGUAGUUCAUGAUAUUGCGGAUCAACUAGAAUGCCUGACAGCGCAAUCUCCAGCUGGUCAGGAUGCAUCUCAUGUAUCAGCCGUCCAGGUGGAGGUCACAGAGCACGCUCCUGAGGGCUCUGUUCUCAAUACUCCCGAAAAUAUUGACGGGCGUGUCUCAACGCCAACACUGUCUGAUAUGACAGAUAUUGACGAGUCACUACUAGAAGAGCUAGCAGAUUUACCCCAUGAGUCCCACUCCGUUCCUCCAGGGACUCAUUUCAUAAAUCCCACUGCUCCACGGGUCAGUUAUCAUGUCUCCGCCUCUGGGGAAGUUGUCAUUACGGAAGAUGCCCAAAUUACAGUCUCAGCGGGUCCUUCUCCAGAGCCCCGGCCAACUCCUCCUCCCGCGUUCAUAUCCUUCAAUCGACUCGCAAAGGGCUUGUCACCAAAGCCAAAGACUACACCCACCACCCCAACUAAACAACCUCCUUCCUUGGCAGUGGAGCGUAUCAUCGGCCCAAAACAACCGAUUCCGAGCGGAAUCCUCGAUCUGCUUGAGGAAUGGCAUGAGAAUGCUGCAGAUACCGAGCAUCCAGCCGCUUUGACUGGUCGUGCGCCAUCGACUUGGAAGAACUUCCGGACGUUCAACGACGACGGUGAUGAAUCCGAGCUGUCCGUGUUUCAGAUCUCACUGAAAGGCCCGGCCCGUCGUAUCGUAACUUAUCGAAUUAUGAUCCUUCAUGCACAGAACGGGCCAGAAGAGCUUGUCGUCUAUGGCAAGCCUCGUCCCAGAUUCAGGGGACCCUCAUCCAAGGGAAUUAAGGGGCUUUACCUACUUGACUGGCUUGAAACCGAGACAAAAGGAGAGGUGCAGGCAUGCGGCCUCAAACUAUGGCGAACCGAUGAUAAGGCCAUUACGUUCAGUCCACACAUGUUUGAUGAUGGGCGCAAGUGUACUCGGCUGCCUGGGCCAAAUGAUAUCUUCAACACGCAUGCCUUAAACUCUACUCCGAAAAAACAUCCUGACGUGGGUGGUGAUGCCGAGGAUACGGAUUCAAUCUCUUCCGAGCCUCCCUUCACGCCCUCGAGAUCUAUGCGCAAAAUCUCGACCAGCACCAAGGCCGAGACGGAGAUUGAAAACAGAACCCCAGUUCCCUCCCGCCUGCCAUGGGCAAAGUCUAUCUCGCCGGUUCGGAGUUCCGAAAAUCACGAUAAAUCCCAUUCUCUCGGAAGUCCCUGGAGACCCUCUCAAAAGAGACGUCGUAGCACAUUGGGGUCCAAUGAUGAAAUCUCCACGCCUAUCCGCUACAAGCUUAUGUCGGACGUAUCUGAUCAGGUGCGCAUCUUCAAGACUGAUGAUGCCAAGAUUGUGUUCCAAAAAGCCCAGGAGUUUUACAUGGGCAUGGACAAGCGCACGGGACUGUUGUGCACUGUCUCUGGUUUGGACGGAGUGAGGUAUGUGGGUGAAGGCUGCGUGGAUGAAUUUGACAUCCUUCAGGAGGACAUUCGGAAGACUUCCAGCCCUGGUGGUGAAGUCAUCGUUGUAGAGGUCAAGCCCGCUAUGGGCUUCUAG